AUGUCUGAUGCAAGCAAUCUUAUUCAAGAAUACAAGAAGCUUCCUUCUUCGGGCCCAAGGGAACUCACUCCUACUAUGAUUCACUCAAUUGAGGAAGCAGAUAGGCCUACGAAGAGGGGCAAGAAACCAGAAACUCAGAAGGAGGUGAGAGUCACUAAACCAACCAAGGGACAAACUCCCAAGAAGAGAAAUGAUUCAGAUUCUGAGUAUGUUUCUCCUAUUAUCAAACCUUCUACUCACACGGACUCAAAGAGCGAAAGCUCUGAUGAGGAGGCUUCGGCUCGUGGUGCUACACCGCCGCACUCCCCUACACCUGAGGUACAUGUUCGGUCUAAAGCUCCUUCACCUACACCAGUUUCUAUUCCUGUUUCUAUACCUCCUAUUUUUCCCAUCACUACAUCUCAACCAUCCACUACUAUUCCCAUUUCUGCUCCCAUCUUUACAGAAGCCACCUCUACAACCACUACUGGAGUACGAACCAAUGUAUCUGAUACGGGGGCUCGUUCUUCAGCAACCGAACCUCCUUUCACAAUCGAACCUCCUGUCACAACCGAACCCCCAGUCUCAAACGAACCUCCAGUUACCACCAAACCACUAUCUCCUACCCAAUCCACUGAAACCAACACAGUUCUAGGUGGUGAGGACUUAGAGUUUGACUCUACUUAUUUCAGUCCCUAUCGUGUCCAGAGUGAUGACGACGAAGAUGCUCCAGUAACCAAGAGCCAUCUCAAGGCUGUUACUGAAAAGCUUAAUCAGCUGCUUUCUUCUUCCUCCGCCAAUGCUUAUUUUGAAGCCGCUCUUAAAGUUAUGUUCUCUUCGGUUGUUAAAGAGCAUGAUGCUUCUCUUUCUGUUGCUGCCAAGGCUAUCGAAGCAUCUACUUCUCAAUGUCAGAAAGCCUCGCUUGCUGCUGCAUCUCAAAAGAACUCUCAGAUAGUGAAUGCUUCGGUUGAUAAUCUUCAGCGUUCUCUUCAAGCUGAGAGAUCUAAUCUUGAAGCUGCUCGUCAGGCCAUUGAAGCUGCCAAUGCCACCCUUCACGCCAAUGUUAAUGAUCGUCUGACUCAACUGGAAGUAGAGUUGGCUGUAGAAAAUCACAUAAUGGAUGAGUUAGACAAGCAUACAUCUCAGCUGAAAAUGCAAAACCUCAGGCUUCGCACUGCAACAAACGAGCUUAACGACUUCAAGUGUGAAAGGGAGGUCAUUCGAAGCUCUGUAGGUGACGUUCAUUCCAUUCUAUUUCACCUUCUUGACGCACAUGAUCCCAUUCUGACUAUCUCCAUCAGACGCCAUUUGCCUGACAAACUCCGACCGGCUUUGGAUAUCCUUAGUCGAAUUGAGGGUGUUUCGGUGACUGAUGUCCAGCCGAAAGAAGGGGGAGAUAAGGCAAAAUCUCAACCUCCUCCUGAACCUAAGUCAACAGCUAAACCGAAGGUUAAUGAAGCUUCGGACAGCAAAAGAGACAAGAAGAAAAAGAAGAUUGGUGAAGAUGAUACUAAUGAUGAAGAUGAUGUAUUUGAAGAAAAUCCCUCUAAGCCUUUUCAGAAAACAAAACUUUCUGAUAAAGAGCUUGAAGAAAAGUUCAAGAAGGAAACGGUUGAGUUGGAGAAGAAUAGAAAAGAAAAGGAGAUCUUGGAGAAGAAGAAGUCUAUUUUUCUAGAGUGGACUAUUUAUUCGCUUCAAAGAAGCACUAUUGAUGAACCAAGUACUCAUUGGCUCGAACCUGUCAUGUCGUUCGGCCUUGAAAACUCAAAGGAUGUGCUGUUUGACAUGUCGUUCGGCCUUGAAAACUCAAAGGAUGUGCUGUCAUGUCGUUCAGCCAUUGUGCUUGACCUAGAGUUCACAGAAGAUUACAACUGUCAAGGUACUGAAGCCUUAUACAGCAGGGAAGUUCAUUAA